AUGCCUCAUCUCGAAUUUGGCGACAAGAUCGUGCUACCACCGAAAAUCUUACUCGAGCUACAAUGCUUGAAGAUCCCGACUCCUCUGCUGUUCAUGGUUCGAUCUGCAUCCCAAGAUUUGCACUUCGAGCGAUAUCCGGAUGUGUGCACUCGUCAAUACUGCUCUGUCCAGGAAUUUAGCGCCCCGGAUGGACAAGUGUUCCUCCCGUACUGGCUUAUGCAGAACUUACGUGUACCAGAAGGUGACUGGGUAGUGGUAACCAGUGUUGUCAACCUUCCUCGUGGUAUCUAUUGUCGUUUCCAGCCAGAGAGCACAAGUUUUCUCGACCUCGCUGCGGAGAUUGGCCCCAAGCUGUUGAUGGAGACAGCACUGCGAAGAUACUCCGUUUUGAGCAUGGGCUCUACCAUUGUGAUUGAAUACGGCACCGUACGGUAUCACGUCCAAGUAGCCGAGCUAAAACCUGCACCGGUAGUAUCUUUGUGUGGCGACGUGGAUCUAGAGACAGACUUCAUGCCUCCAGAGUUCCAAUGCACGAUAUGUAACGAGAAGAUCUUGUGCGCACAAGAAAGCAAACAUCGACACUGUCCAGACUGCUUUGACCUGUUUGACAGCGAUAAAACACUACAAGAUCAUCAACGUGACGAGCACAUUACCUCCUUCCAGCCACUUCUUGCUCAAGGUCGUAUGCGCCGUAAAGGUGACACCAGUGCUCUCCGUAGUUCGCCACUUUCAAGGUUACGAUGUACGCCGCCUAGCAACAAUGACCGACGUACCCCUCCACCAUCACCGACUUUUCUACUACCAACACGAAUGGCACAGCAAGGCAAUAAACUACGAACACCUAAGUCCAAGGCUAGACUGAAUCCGCAGCUUCGAUCGCUACCACAACAAGUAACUAAGGUAGUCGCACUCGAUAGAACUGGUCUGCCGGUGGCAGAUUUGUGCAUCUCCAGUGUUCGUGGCACAUCGCAUCGCGCAUUGGCUGCCCCACCUCGCUUACAAGCCACUACUCGAGUCAGACGACGGCCUGCCACAAAGCUCCCUCCUUCAGCUCGUCUGGACAAGUUAUCAUGA